AUGGUCUUGGCUGACACAACGCUGGAGGGCCUCAAUACAGGAAAUCACAACUUCAAACGGGUGACAACUGUACUCCUUCCGAUGCCGGAGGCACUGUCACAAAAUUCCACCUUCGCAGAGGAGCUCUUUGAUUUGGUCGUUACAGUCGAGCCGAUGGGAUAUCUUGAUCUUGCAGAGUAUGCCGAACACUUGCGGCCUCACAUCCGGCGACGCGAGCGCGAGGAGGAAAGGAAGCUGGACCAGGCACAAAGGUGCACGAAUACCAAAAGACGAUCGAAGGUGCAACUCCUAUGCAUGGAACGGAAAGAACGCUUUGAGGAUGCCCGGGACGAGCUGUACAGCGCUGGCUAUUACUUGGCAGAUCAUGACCAGGCCCGUCCAAAGCUUCGGAGAACAGUGCUGCAGGCGGGCCACGACUUGUCAUGCCUGGCCUUGCCUUCAGCAGAGAAGGAACGCAGAAAAGCAACAGAGACGCAACAGGCGCAAGAACGGAAGGAGAAGCGCGAAGCUGCUGAAAUUGCCAAGGCAGAGCAGGAGGAAGAGGAAAUGGUGCAAAAGACAGUCUUGCAGACCAGCCUCUUCGACCCUGUGCUGAUGACACCUGAGGACCGGAAGCUGCCCGUGGCCUAUGACCUGGGCAUUGCUGAAGCAGAGCUUUUGCUGGUUUGGCUGCCAGGGAACAAUGAGGAUGAGGCUUUGUGGCAAGCUGCAUUCCAAAAAUUUCUCGAGAUUUACCAAGGUGAUGCCUUGCGAAUCAUCAUCGCAGGGCGUCCUGAAGGACCUGAACACCGCGCGCCUGUGUGGCAUUCGUUGAGUGAUCAGGAAACGGUGGGACGUGGCAUGGAAUGGUACGAGAUGCACGACAUGCCUACAGAGGAGGCCAUUGCCAAAGCAGCAAAGGACCCUGCCAGCAAUGUGUCCUUCGGCCGGCCGAGUGUGGAGGAGCUGCAUUGUAUGCAAGAGAUCGAGGUCAGUUGCAAGCAGCUCUUCAAUUUGCUCAGCGACGAGGUCGCAAGGAACCAGAAGACGAAGGUGAUUCUUGGAGGUUUCUCACAAGGUGGUGCAGUGGCCGCCUUUGCCGGCCUCUCCCGAGCAGCUCCAGUCAAGGUUCAACAGCAGCUGACCUCUUUGCUGUGUUGCGGCUGUGCUGUGCCAGGUUUUCAGUAUUUGGCCUCAAAGAUGCAGGCUGCAUGUUUGCAGAGGAGAGAUUCCCCAGAGGAUUCGCCAUUUCCAUCUGUGAAGUUGAUCUAUUGUGAGAACGAUCCGGAGGUUUCAGAUCGCUAUGUGAGCACGAUUCUGAGCCUGUGCAACAGGUUUGAACAUCCUGCAGCGUUGCAUAGCUUCAAAGUUGAAAUCAAGGAGCAACUUCCAGGUGGUCCCAGGCCCAUCCCUGGAUUACCUGAACAGUGGCUGCCUUCCAUCAUGAAGGAGGUCUUGGAGAGCUUGGCUUUUCCUGCGAGUUGA